AAUAAAGGCAGGGGGAGGGUCCCGCCCCAUCCUUUAUCCAGCACACACGCCUGAGCAAGGGUAUCGUCCGUGACGGAUCCACUGGGAAGGAAAGCCGGUUGAGGUUUUGGUGUUCGUUUCUGUCUUGAAGGCCUGAACCCAGUGUAGCAACCAUGGAUGAUGUUUAUAAAGCAGCGGUUGAGAACUUAACAGAAGAACAGAAAAAUGAGUUCCGCGCUGCCUUUGACAUCUUCGUUAUGGGUGCGGAGGACGGCUGCAUCAGCACAAAGGAGUUGGGGAAGGUGAUGAGGAUGCUGGGACAGAACCCAACCCAAGAAGAGCUGCAGGAGAUGGUGGACGAGGUAGAUGAAGACGGCAGCGGGACAGUGGAUUUUGAUGAGUUCCUGGUCAUGAUGGUGCGCUGCAUGAAAGAGGAGAGCAAAGGAAAGUCAGAGGAGGAGCUUGCCGAGGUCUUCCGCAUGUUUGACAAAAACGGAGAUGGCUACAUCGACUUAGAUGAGCUAAAGAACAUGCUGGAGUCAACAGGUGAGGCCAUUACAGAAGACGACAUAGAGGAACUUAUGAAAGAUGGAGACAAAAACAACGAUGGCAGGAUUGACUAUGAUGAGUUCCUUGAAUUCAUGAAGGGAGUUGAAUAAGUAGUACCCCAAGUGGUCAUCCUGGAAUGGCGCUCCUGUUAACCACCUUCAGAAAUGAACACCCGGAUGCUUCUCUAUUGUUUCGUUUAAGCCUCAUAAUCCCUCAUCUUCUUACACUGUGAAAGCGUAUCCUUGUUCAAACUGCCAUUCUGCUGUAUCUGUAAAUAAUGAUUAAGCCCAUCUAUUCUAUUAUUAAAGUAUAUUGACACUAUAAUUACACUUUGGUUUGGCUUGGCUUGAGGGACAUUUUUAAUGACCCAUAUAUAGCCUAGAACAAAAUCUUGAUUAUUCUAAAUUCAUGUUGCAAUAAAAGCGAUCAACUUUUUAAAUCA